UGAGGAUCCACGUAUGAGUGACAGAGUUAGUUAUUUAUAUUACAGUGUUAAUUACAGGUUUAUUUGCUUUCUAGUAAGUUCUUUUCAUCUUAUUGAGCCUUCGCAUCCAGUAGUUCUUUGUCUCUCUCUGUCUUCUGAAUAGGGUAAUAGAGCAGGAAGAUGUACAAACUCAUGUCCUCGUUGUUCGGCGGUUCUCAUGCGGGAGUGCGCUGGUAACAGCCUCUUGGUUGGCGUCGGAGCGAGUGCGACUGUGCGCGUCGUCUACUUGGGACCGACCCUGUGACGGCGUUUCUCGCUCAUGGCUCUUGCCCAUAGUAUGGCAGCAAUCGUUGCGGUUCUGGUAUUGUGGUGAACUUGUUGUCAACAAGAAGUCGUGGCAUCAUGUUACCUGCUUCUGGGGGUAAUUCUCUCCACGUCGUAGCCGCCCCAGCAGAUGCACAACAUGUUGAGGGUCAUCAGCCUACUGCAGUCGUAGGAGGUCCUGGAGGAAGCAGAGGAGCAGAUGUGGUGACGCCAGGAGUACUUUUAGGAGUAGAGGGUACUGCCGGUCAGCUCGACCAUGCGGCGGCGGAGGAAGCUGUAGCAGCAUUGGUCCAUUCGUUGCAAGCCUCAACUGGCUCAUUAUCACCUGCGGUGGCCGGUCCACCAGGAAUGCACGGGUUGUCAAAUACAGAAGUCUCUCCGUCUCUUCGGAAUGUGACGUCCGAAGGCGAGGGUCGUGCACCUCCUCAUACUUUGUCGUGUAGUUCACCUGGAGGUGCUGGGGGCUCGCCGUCGAAGAAGAAGACACCUUCGGUUUUUAUGAAGAAUGGGGUAUCCGUGAAGAAGGGACCGGCACCGGCGAGUCUCUUAGCGGGUAAAAAAGGCAAUGUCGAACCAGCUUCACAACCAGCGAAAGGGAAAGCACAGGCGGGUGUGCAGGGGAAAAAUACGGGUGGUGCAUUAGGUAUUUUUUUUGAACUUUUGAAUUAGAUCUUGUAGGACGUUGAACUGGGAAGUGGGGGCACCCGAAUUGGAUUUGGUCUAUGUUUAAGGGACAACAAGUGUGACUUGGAAGCUGCUUUCGUAAAGCUUUUUUAGUCCCCCAAGUAUAAAUUAUAUUAAUUUGUUCCAUAGAUAUCCAUUCUAGUACUACUACUUCUACAGUCCCUACUCUACUACUUCUAGUAUACUUAAAUAUUUCCUACUUGUUCUACAGUCCCACCUCCCGCUGACCCUGACGAUGAGGAGAGCGAUGAGGAAAAGCCAGUAGACGAGGAGGAAACCCCGGAAAAGGUCAUAGCAGAUUUAGAGGCGAAGGACGGGUUUGAGAAGGAGAACGAUCUUGUCACGUUCUUCAAAUACAAGGUAGUUACUACUUUGUCUUGGAAUAUUAUAUAUACAAUUAACUGAUUUUUUGGUAAGAGUAAGACUGUCGAUUUUGGCACCAUGAAGAUUUGCAUCAAGUCUACGUGCUAGUGGUGUAAUUUGCAUGAGAGAUGAAACACAUCCGGUCCUCCCACAAGAAAACGCUCUUUUGUGACCAGGUAUGCGGCGACUACACCUAUACCCACUCUUCAAUCAUCGGGAGUGCGGAUCAGCGUAUGCCACGAACUGGCAAGCUCAAUAUUACCCGCUUAGACUACAUGACGAAGCUGUAUUGUGCAAUAUCGUUCUUUUACAGACAAAAGAGGCCUUUGACCUUAGUAGAGAUGGCGACGACGAGGUUUAGGUUUUACGAAGAUGUGGAUUUGUUCUUACCGCCAGACCAGUUGCCAUCCUUUUCGCAGACGGAUCUAAAGGCCUUGGAAAAGAGGUGGAUAGAUCAGCUGCUGAAGAUAAGAGGUAAUCAUGUUAGACUUUUGCUUAGAAGUAUGAUUUUUCUGUUAACAAAAAUUUUUGUAAAUAGCCGCGUCUCUACAACUCGGGUCGCAACGGAAUCAAGCAGGAGCUUUCUUGGGUUGUCACGUGGUUCGCAAAUGAAUGAAUGAAUAAAUAGCGAUGAAGUUACCUGCCCAUUUUAUCAAUCUCACCAUGGCAUUCACCAAUCAUGAUUACCGAAAAAUACCAGCAAAGCCACAAACGAAGUGUUCUUUGUUCUCUACCGAGGAAUACAACCUCCACAUCUUCACACACCUCAUACCUCCCAUACCUCCGUCUAUCCUUCUAAUGAUAAUAAAUAUUAAUACCUUCACCACCCCCUCCAGCACUCUCAGACCGAUGGAGCAUCUGAUCUUCAUAAUAAUACCUCCACUACAUAAUCUUAAUCAUACUACCCCCUCAUACCUCAUACAAUCAUAGGCGCCGUCUUCGGAGCAGUUUGGCGUAGUGACGAUGUCUUAGGCAUUUGCCAGAAUUGUCUGAAAACCACCGUCCACGUCUUCUCGAGUAGUGGCUUCUCCACGAAAGCCGGUUGUCCUAAGAUCUCCCUGCACUUCGUGUGGCCCCAUCUAGUAGUGACUAAGCGGGAAGCAAAGGCCAUCCGAUUAGCAACGAUCCAGUUUCUUAGUGAAACGACGACUCCGGAACUAGAUGCGUUGUUGAGGACGAGCUAUCCGGAUUAUCAGUACUUCUUAUGGUUAUCUAGAUGCGUUGUUGAGGACUAGCUAUCCGGAUUAUCAGUACUUGUCAUGUACUUAGAUAAGAGGCUUCUAGCAGCUUUACACAAUCAGUUGCGGAAUCAAAGUACCGAGCAUGAUAUACAUCGAUACUCGAAAAUUACAUCAAGAACAAGAACAUAAUCAGAUAUACAUCGAUAAUCUCUGCCCCCUCUGAAUGCACAACAAGGUACACGCCAGGCGGUCUGACACCGUGGGAGGAGAUCUACGACGCGGCACCUAUAGAAGGUGCCAGUCUCAAAAUGCCGUUUAACGACAAGGGUAUAAAACCGAACCGAGACACAAAACAAUGCGCCAGGCUAGAAAACAGGCCGAAAGUUAAGAUGUCGUGGUCUUCUCAGAUACUUACGUAUUGUUUUUAAUUUUUCGAUGCUUCUUGCAAGAAGAUUACUGAUCAACAUGAUACUGCGCACUCUUUUAAUGGUACUUCUUAAGUAGCUUUCAUCUUGAGUUUUUAUCUUGGCCCUCCACUCCACCUCCUAAUCCUGUUUCUCUCUCUAAUCUUGUCCCAGUCGGCACCUUCCUCGUGACCCUCGUUCCUAGCCAGAUGGAUCAAGUAACAACAGAAUUGCUCAAAGGUCCCAACGAUAAAGAGGACUUGAAAUGGCUUGUGGAUGGUUCUAUCAGACUUGACAUGGAAAGUCCACCACCUGUAGCGAACAUAUGGAUCUUAGCGAGCAAUAAGACCGUGAAGGCGAUAAGGUACAUUUUCAUUUUCUUUCAUGUGGACUAGUCUCCUUUUUCAAACUCUGGGGCUAUGGACGGAUUUGAUUAAGUAAUCAUGAGGAACACUAAAAAUUCUAUUAAUCAUGACUAACACGACUAAUAAAAAUUCUGAUCGAGGACAAUUAGAAUUACAAGCUGAAAUCUUCAAUAUUCAAAAUCUUUUCCCUGACCCUCUCUUCUAGGCGCGAAGAAGAGGAGCUUGCCUCAAUGCUAGAAUUAGAGGAUGAGAGGGAAGAAAUCGACGUCUACGCCACCGUAAAGGAGGGCUUAGUAGGUGCUUGGGUAGAUUCGCGUGGGGUGUAUCUGGAGGUCAUCCCUUUUGAUGACCCGGCCGAACCGAGUAGGCUAAACGUAGUUGCCAACGAGGAAGGGACGCGAUUCAAAGUAGCCGAGAUCGAGAUAUCAGAGGACGUAUUUUCGUCGCCAGUAGCAGUCUACUACAGACCGUUGCAGCCGCUCUCGUCUACCACGAAUGCUGCAUCAUCGUUGAAGAAAACACAAGCAGACGAAGACGCGGCAUCAACAAUAGACGGAAGCGAGCAUGAGGGGCAGGCUGGGGAUACGUAUUUGCUUCAAUUUUCACUAUGCUCGUUCUAUACGUUCCCUUAGUUGUUAAUUUAAAUUAGAUACUUCUAUAUUCUAACUAGUAGUUCGUCCUUGGCCUUGCUUGUCGACCAGCACCUACGAGUGUGAGCGUGAGAGGGUGCCUAUGUUCUUGACACCGCUUCCUCGUGCACGAAUAUCAGGGUCUUUAUGUGGGUUUGGGGCUCUUUGAAAUCAUACUUACUUUGUUCGUUCUUUACGUGGAUGUUCUGAAACGACGAAUCGUCAUGCUCAUCUCCAAAACGACAUCUUAAAUAUAACAAACUACAGUUACGUCUGGCAGUAUUCUAGUGGAGACCCCUUUGGGGUGUGGCAUGGUCAUUCGGAUGAGUCAUUACAGUCAUGGCUGUGGCGGAAACCGGCGGUGCCAGCAUUAGAAGCAUGGCCGUCAUUCGGCAGUGAAAUUUGUCUAGAAGUAGGCGAGUCCGUCGACACCAAUUUUAUGGUCCUAGCGGCGAAGUUGUAUGCGAUUGGGCAGGAUGAGAAGGUACUAUUUUUCAGACGAUGGGAGUUGUUCGAUUUUUCGUAGAUGAUCUUGAUGUCAAGUAGCAAGUCAAGAAGUAGCACCUAGAAGAUUAUGAUCCACCAAGCCUCAUGUUCAAGAAACACCACCUCGACACUACUUCUGCUUCUUCACCCCUCGACACUACUGCUUUCUUAUAAUCCUUCAAGAAACUUCUACACCACCUCGACACCACUACUUCCCCCCUCCAUUCGCCCCUCUACCCCUUCUCCACCCACAGACCGGGAAGCUUCUCACGGCCGAAAUAUGGCGAGGUUGUGUUAUCUUUAGCGGAGAGCAGUUUGAGGAUCCCAGUAGCGUUGGAGCGAGUGUUGCUAUUGCCGCGAUCGGUAGUGCAGCAGUAGGACUUCGAGCACUCUUAGACUUGCGAGGAUUCAUCAACUCGGAUCAAGCUUAUGGAGGAAACUAAAAUGUUUUGUCUAAUUGGAAGAUCUUGGCUAAUGAUCUCCCGAUGAACCCUCCUCCGUAGUACUCACUUUCAAGAAUAAUAUCUUCCGAAUUCAUUCCUCAGUCUUUGUCUUCCUAUGUGUGUUCCUCCUAUCCCCGUAUCCGCAGAAUAUGCAAGCAUCCCUUGCUUCUCAGCACCUCAUCUUGGUUUCUUUCUAUCUCUCAUCUCAUCUUGCUUCGGAACCCUCCCUUCUAUCUCUAAACUUCCUCCUACCGAGACGGUUCAACGGCCGAUUCGGACAAGAGCAUUAGUGCCAUCACUAUUCUCUGCAACACGGGAGUGACGGAGCAAGCCUUAAACUUAUGGCGGUCAUAGUUGUAAGCCUAGUAUUAUGUUAUAGUGACUGCCUUUGGAGGUCCCUUGGAGGUCACCAUUUAGAUUCUUGGGGUCACUGAGAUCGAAGAGGCGACCCCUUCUUGAGAGAACCAAGAACAGGGGAGAUAAUAAGGAAGGGAAAGGGGAGAGCGAGAGCCUUGGAGGGGGUCGCUUCCGUUCAGAGUCAGUCAGUGACCGUGUUCUUGUGUUUAUUACAGGGACCUAACAUUAGUUCCUCUUUUUUUUGAAAGUUUCAUUAGUUCCUCUGGAGUUUUAAGGUUGAAAUACUUAGAUCAAGAUACUGAGCUCUAAUAAACGGAACAACGAGUAAAGGCUACCUUCAGCCAGUAGUGGAGGUGUUGCAAGGGUAUAAACACGACUUGCUUCUAGAGCCGGAGGAAGACUUGGAGGAAGACAAGAGUGCUUCGCCAGAAAUCGCGGUGACUAAGUUAUGAAUAUUUUGGGUUUUAGACCUUGACCUGCCUUAAAUUAAGUAAAUAGAGAAUGUAUGAUGUUAUUCAUUUUUAUACUGCUAGCAUCCUGGCCUCCGGCCCUGAAUUGCUACCAGGAUUAGUCUCUAUGGGCACUACGGACAGUGUCAUCAGGGGCACAUACAUGACAUGAUGUUGUUGACUAAAAUUAGCACCAUAUGGUAUGUGAUGCGUUGAACAUCAUCCCUAAACCCUAACCCGGGGCCACACACCUCUACAUCCAAGAGGUCUACUUACUGCUACGUGUACAAACGAUGCAAUCACGAUGCUUCAAAUGUCUAUAUGAUGUUGACCACCAGCAGAGGACCAUGACCACUAUCUUUCUAUGAGUCCCCUCUCUGCUCUAAUCCUCGUCGACGCCGCGCAGAAUAAAGCCUCAAGGUAUGCGAAGGAAGUGAAACAUGCCAUUCUGAGAGGAGAAGACGUCAAAAACUGCAUUGGCGACUUCGAACUUUUUGAUGCUGUGAUGGAGAGUGUAACCUUGCUGACCGCUGCACGAGGGAAGAAGGUGGGAACAACUACUACUACUUCUAAAUAGGCGGGACAAUAUCUAGAGGAUGUGGCUGAUGUUACUUUUUUCUGAUCGUAUAAUCUUGAUCUUCUCUUGUUCGGCCUUCUCACGUGAACUUCGAACCUCGUUACUCGCCUUUUUCUUCAGUAGCUAGAGCCUCGUCUAAGCGCUUGUUUUAUAGUUUCAUCAUAUUGCUUGAAUUUUUGUUAACAAACUAUGUUUCUUCACUUGAGUGAUUAUUUCUAUCCACGACUUCCAUUUAAAACCCACUUUUUUUACAUAAUGAAGCAGUUGUAGCGACUGGAAAGAGGACCACAAGCAGUACAGUACGCUAGCGAGUUCUUGGUCAGAGAAAUGUUGAUAUUAUACUUAGACCUUAUCUUCGAAGUUCAGAAUCAAUAUACCCAUUAUUUUAUCAAACUAGUCAGAGCGUCGUGUACGAGGCAUUGAAAUAGUGCGCCGCGGGUCACUGUCUCUGAAAUUAUAGGCGUUCCCGCGUAUAAUAGCGUUCUUAUGUUGUUGUACUACUUAGAAGUUUUGAGUUUCACUUUUAUCAUUUGAGAAUAUAGCUUCAGCUAGUUAUUUCGUUGGCCGUUCUACUUGUUCCGAGACCAUUCACUUGUUGUUCCGAGACUAUUGUAUACAGCCUUUCUGUUUCUGAGGUAGAGGUUGAGUAUCCUCUCCUUCUGUCCCUUCCAUGGUCCAACCGAAAUCAUCAUAUCACUCCUGAGAAUACAGAAGCUCUAAGACGUUGAUACGCACGUGGCUACAUAGUGACCUCAAAACGCUUCACUGCCAUCGUGAGGUCCGCUCAUCUUCACCUGAAAAGGAACUGUUCCUGUGUGGCGGAAAAUGCUGUUAAUCUCUCCAUGAGGUGUCUCAUCUUCAGGCACUGACUAUUGCUGGUCAGCGUAAAGAAUAAGAUAAAGACGGACUCAAAAAGAAUCAACUCUAAAUCCUGGUUAUUUUACUGACGCAUUGGUAUCCCAACCUGGUUGUCGGCAGAUUAUAGAGCGAUAUUUUGCUGGGAAGAAAUCUAAUGGCUCGCUCCAGUAGCAUGUAUGCUUAUAAUUGACGGAAGAUCAGCAAAUGAUGGAAGCGCGUCCUCUUGUUUGUGGGAGAAAUCUUC